CACGUCAUUUCAGUCUUGUUCUAUUUCCGCCAUCUUGGAAAUACAGAUAAAGUAGUGAGCGUCUCUAGCAAUACGCGAAGUAGAUAACUGAUUUAUCAUAAUUUACCAACAAAAUGAAAACCUACAGUCGGAAGAAAUCCGGAGAAGCUCAAGACGUGAUCUUGGAUCUAAACGAAUUAUGUCGAUUAUGUAUGGCAAAAGAGGACGAAUUGGUGCCGAUUUUCAACAGCGACGAAGCCAUCCCUUUGACCCUGCGGAUCAUGGCUUGUGUCGCCCUCGAGGUUUUCGAAGGCGAUGGCCUACCGAACAAGAUCUGUCACCCGUGCAAAUUCCAACUGGAAAAAUCGUACAACUUUCGGAAAAAAUGCGAAAACUCAGACAUGAAACUGAGGCAGCAUUUGAAGAGUCUCCAGGCUAAGAUUGGCGAUGCUGACCUGAACGUAUCAGGGGAGAGCGAAGCGGCAGUUGAAGAAUCGCAAGAGAAACAAGAGGAUGAAGUUAAGGAACCCAGCACUGAAGAAGACUUGGUCGGGGUCACCCAAGUCGCCUACAUACAACCAGACCCCGAACCUGAAGACGAUCCCGAAAGUAUCACUUUACCGGCGGACGCCGACGUCGUGAAUAAAGACGCCUGCACCCUGAAAUCCCUCAAAAGGGAAGUCAUGGAUGUUGAAGACAAUGAAGGCGACGGAGUCAUUUUUGUGGAUGAAGCAAGCCAAGAAAUGGAAGACACGAGCUACGACGCGAUCGCAGACGCGGUCAAGGCCACUCUUGCCACCCAGCCGGGUUUUGACGUGUCUGGCCAGCUGCAGAUGAAAAUUAUCCCCACGGAGGGCAAGCUGACUCAGGUGGAGGUGACCACAGAAAACGGCACAGUCAUAGUCAUGGAACUGAUGACCGAAGAAGAGGCCGAAGCGCCCCAAAUGAGCUCCACCGUGCCGGAAGUCAACGAAGAAGGCGAAUUGAAAAUCUUCAAGUGUCCCCAAUGCCCCAAGUCCUUCGCACGGAGGAUUCAGCUGCGAAGGCACGCCUCGGUUCACAUGCAACAGAGAGGUUUCAGUUGCGGGAUGUGCGAGAAGUGGUUUCCCACUAGGUCGGCUUUGGUGCGUCACGAGAGGAUUCAUACGGGGGAGAGACCCUUCCAGUGUGAGAUAUGCCAGAAGAGUUUUGCCCAGAAGGAGAUUCUGUAUCGGCAUUUGAUGACACAUUCGGGACAGAAACCGUACAAUUGCACCCAUUGUAACAAAGGUUUUACGCAGAGGGAGCCACUGAGGAUCCAUCUGAGGACGCACAUGACGGAAGGCUCGCAUGAUAUCAAUUUACACUAUUGUUCCUUGUGUCCGAAAGUAUUUUGUCAUGCCUCGGGUUUGAGUCGGCAUUUGGUCACCCAUACAGGGAAGACCUUUAAAUGUAGGGAUUGUGAUCGGUCGUUCACGGAUAAAUCGUCGCUGAGGAGGCACCACAAACAAACACUGCAUCAACCGUAGGUUUCGUCGAAUAUUUUUGUGGCUAUAUAUUUUCUUUAAGAAUAUACUUAUUCACACUUA